AUGGCUCCUUGGUUUUCUUCUGAGAAGAGCCAGGCUGUCAAUAGUCGUAAAGUGCCUAGCAAGCCAGUUCAGCACAAUUUUCGAGACUUAUCAAAUCAGCCCUUUCGUCAAAAAGCUAACGAGUCAAGUUAUCGGAAAAACCAUAGCACAAGCUCAUUCAAGCAGAACACUAAGAGCAAGAAAUCCCAAGGUAAAGUCAAUAGACGAACCAAGGGGCAACCUGAUAAA